GCCCCUAAUUAAAUCGAGCACGGAGGAAGUAAAGCGUCUCCUGGUUUCUACGCCGCCAGCCGGUGCCGGCUUUUUCAGACCUCCCUCGCCCCGAGUUCAUGGCUCCUGCGUCGCGGAUCGCCGAGCUUAAGCAAGCGGGCAACGAACAGUUCCGCAAUGGGCAAUACGGCCAGGCGGCUGCACUCUACGGCCGAGCUCUGGAAUUGCUGGAAGCGGCAGGGGAUGUGAAUACAGAAGAAAAAAGUGUUCUCUAUUCCAAUCGUGCUGCUUGUUAUUUGAAAGAUGGGAACUGUAGUCUUUGCAUUAAGGAUUGUUCUGCCGCUCUGGAUCUGGUCCCUUUUGGAAUCAAACCUUUGUUGAGGCGGGCAGCAGCCUAUGAAGCCCUUGAACGAUACAAUUUAGCUUAUGUGGACUACAAAACUGUAUUACAGAUUGAUUGCACUGUACAGGCUGCACAUGAUGGAGUCAAUAGAAUGACAAAGGCUUUAUUGGAAAAAGAUGGUCUUCAAUGGCGCCAGAAGUUACCCCCCAUCCCAACUGUUCCUGUUUCUGCUCAGAGAAGGUGGGAGCCUCCUACUGGAAGCCGGGAAGAUACUCCAAGACCCAAAGCAAGUAAUUCUGUUCCUGUAACAAACCAAGUGCCUAACGCUGCCUCAAGUGAACGAGCAAACAUGCUGAAACUAGAAGGAAAUGAAUUUGUGAAAAAGAACAACUAUAAGAAAGCUAUUGAAAAAUAUACAGAAAGCAUAAAACUCCACAAGAUGGAAUGCACAACUUACACUAACAGGGCUCUUUGUUACCUGAAUCUGAAGCAGUACAAAGAAGCAAUUUUGGACUGCUCAGAAGCCCUUAAAAUAGAUCCUAAGAAUGUCAAGGCAUUUUACAGACGAGCACAAGCAUAUAAAGAGCUUAAGGACUAUAAAUCCAGCAAAGCAGAUAUCAACAGCCUCUUGAAAAUUGAACCAGAGAACAAUGCUGCUAAGAAGCUACAACAAGAACUAAACAAGCUUUUAAAAUAAGAUAGCUAGAACUUUGUGCUUUUCUGAUAAGUUUUUGUUUUUUAAAAGAGAUUAAUGGGAUGCGUUUGCAAAAUCCUAGGCCUGCUGAUGUUUCUCUGGUUCCUUCCCUUAUAAAAAGUGUCCAUUCUUCCUCCUGCAGUUCUUAAAAUUCUGUGUUAUCUCUUGAGAUCUGCAAAUUAUUUAGAAGAGGAAUUCUAGAGAAUUAUUUUUAAUUAGCACACUAUUUGUCCAAUGUACUCCUAGUGUGUUUGCAGAGACAGAACUUUAUAGUGGCUGAUUGAUGAAAGUCUUGGCAUAACAAACAGGCAGUAAGACUUUCAAGAUCCUGCUUUGCCUUAAUUUUUGUGGACUAGCUUUGGUGGAGCAUUUUGGUCUUCAAUGUAUUAUUUGGAAAUCUAAAAAUGCUUUUGUCCUUUACUAUAGAAUGGCAUGUUGUCCUUCAUUCUAUCUAUACCUUUUAGCAGUUUACCUCUUCAAUUCUUGGUAAUUAAGCUUAAUUUCACAUUCUUUGAAGUUAAAUACAUGUUGAAAUAUGUUACUCUUUUUCAGAGAUGCUUUUUUCAUUUUAACCUUGUUAUGAGCUAAAGUUCAUGUUAUAGUAGAGGAGGGAAAAUACUAUCAGCUUAGAAUGGCCCAAUCUCAGGGCUGCUUUUGCAUCUGCUUUCAGUUGCUUAUCUACAACCUAGAUUCUUGCAAACAAACAAAAAAAGUGCCCUCCGAAUGAUAAUUAAAAAAACAUCUCUGUAGAGAGGAAUGAGUCAUCUAUGUUGGUAUGUUGUAUCUCUCACAUUGGCCAUGUUUAGAUGGGUCUGUUGGGCAGUUGUAAUUUGGCAACAUCUAGGUGACUACACAGUUUCCUUUCCUGCUAUAGAGAAAUAGAUUGCAGAUGAAAAAACACUUUUUUUAGUAUUCAGCCUAUUAUCCUGAUAACUCUACUUGAGUAGAAUUGAACAUCCACUUGCUAUUUGGUAAAAAUGCUAUCCAAGAUUUACCACUAUGUCACCUUAAAAAAUUCCUUACAUCUUCUUCAGUACCUGUACAGAUGUUGCUACUCAAAUUAUGCUAUCUCUACAGCUUUUCCAAGGUGGGUCUGUAGAAGUAGCAUUACUACUUCUUAUCUUAGUGAGAGAAGAGUUUUGCCUCUUCCUACAGAAUAGAGAUUUAUGCACCAAGCAUUUUGAGAAGAUCCGUUUUCAAUGUACUGUGGACUAUCAUUUGUUCCUAGAAAUUUUAGAGAGGGCAAAGUCUUUCCUUGGGCCUUGUUGCCAGGGUUAAAGCUUGUUGCUUACAGUAUCAAGUUACCUUGUUAUUUUUAACUUUCAAAAUAAACAAGCUGUUAUGGAUAUAAAUUCAGAAUAUUCCAAAUCUCUUCUCUUUUUAUAUUGUCAUAAUACUGGGCAUCUCUUCAUUUUGAAGGAAACUUAUCCUAAUUUCAUCCCUACAUUAUCAUUGUGUUAUUUCAUUCCCAAGGGGGGAAGGGUUUACACCAGAAAUGCAUGUAGCAUCUAUACCUGCCAAGCAAUACUAUCGGCUAAAAAGAAUGUAAACCCACUAAAAUCUCAUAAUCUGUGGAAGUUUCCAGCUUGGUGGGAGGUGGGAGGUGGGAUAGGAUAGGAUAGUAGAUCCACCUUUUCUUUGAGAUACUGUCCUAGAAAAUUUUCAACCAAUCUUCCUUUCCUUUUUUUGGAAAGAUGGAAAAGUUGAUUAGGCUGCAGCUUCAAUGGGCCUUGGAGAAAGUAAAUUAUUGGUUUUAGUAUAGCACUGACAUGGAAUUAGUUAUCCUGGUGGGUCUAGAGAGGACGGUGCAUCUAUC